AUGGCGCGCAGGGCCGGGCCCCCCGACGGGGGCUGGGGCUGGAUGGUGGUGCUCUCGGCGUUCUUCCAGUCCGCGCUGGUGUUCGGGGUGCUGCGCUCCUUCGGCGUCUUCUUCGUGGAGUUCGUGGCGGCCUUUGAGGAGCCGGCGGCGCGCGUCUCCUGGAUCGCCUCCAUCGGGAUCGCCGUGCAGCAGUUCGGGAGCCCAGUGGGCAGUGCCCUGAGCACGAAGUUCGGGCCCCGGCCCGUGGUGAUGAGUGGCGGCCUCCUGGCCGCGCUGGGGAUGCUGCUGGCCUCCUUUGCUACCUCCUUAACCCACCUGUACCUGAGCAUUGGGCUGCUCUCAGGCUCUGGCUGGGCCUUGACCUUCACGCCAACCCUGGCCUGCCUGUCCCGCUACUUCUCUCGCCGCCGAUCCCUGGCCACCGGGCUGGCCCUGACAGGCGUGGGCCUCUCCUCAUUCGCAUUUGCUCCCCUCUUCCAGUGGCUGCUCAGCUGCUACGCUUGGCGAGGGGCCCUGCUGCUCGUGUCUGCCCUCUCCUUGCACCUGGUGGUCUGUGGGGCUCUCCUCCGCCCGCUCUCCCUGGCCGAGGACCCUGCUGUGGGUGGCCCUGGGGCCCAGCUCAUGUCCCUCCUCCACGAAGGCCCCUUCCUCCGUUACACCGUUGCCCUCACCCUGAUCAACACCGGCUUCUUCAUCCCCUAUGUGCACCUGGUGGCUCAUCUCCAGGACCUGGGCUGGGACCCAUUGCCUGCUGCCUUCCUGCUCUCCGUGGCUGCCAUAGCUGACCUCGUGGGGCGCGUGGCCUCUGGCUGGCUGGGAGAUGCAAUCCCAGGGCCCGUGACACGACUUCUGAUGCUCUGGAGCGCCCUCACUGGGGUGUCACUAGCCCUGUUCCCUGUGGCCCACACCUCCACAGCCCUGGUCGUCCUGGCUGUGGCCUAUGGCUUCUCAUCAGGGGCCCUGACCCCAGUGGCCUUCUCCGUGCUGCCAGAACUGGUGGGGACGGCAAGGAUUUACUGUGGCCUGGGACUGGUGCAGAUGGUAGAGAGCAUCGGGGGGCUGUUGGGGGCUCCUCUGUCAGGCUACCUCCGCGACAUGACAGGGAACUACACGGCUUCUUUUGUGGCGGCUGGGGCCUUCCUCCUGGCUGGGAGUGGCGUCCUCCUCACCCUGCCCCACUUCUUCUGCUUCUCAGCGGCUGCCUCCAGGCCCCAGGCCCCUGGAACAGAGGCGCUGGAGACCAGAGUCCCCCCGGCCAAGGCGGAGGGGCCUGGAGAGGACUAAAGGCCACCCAGAGGGUGCCGGGUGCAGACAGCCAGGGCGCGACAGUGCCCUGUUCCAGAACCGUGAUGCCUUCGUAGUCUGGGCCUACCUCCCCUCCGAGCAGGCCCCGGGCUCCCGCAGUGGGUGUGCCAACCCUUUGUAUUUUGUGUAGGGUUCUUCUGCUUGGCUCCCUCGACUUUCCCUGAAGGAUCCAGGAGUUCCCGCUGUACUGAGCCACGAAACCACUGCAAAACUCCACGGCCAGGAGACUGGACUCAUUUUACAUAUGACCUCUGCUGCUGUGUCCCGUUUCUCCUCGGAAGACGUGUGUGUGGGAAACAAGGUCGGCCCUUUGAGAGGAGACUGAAUAGGGGACCCAGAUGAGCCCCACCACCUCAGAAACAGCAGGGGGACCGGAUGGAGUCACAGCCCGGCAGUACCAGGCAGGGCUCCGGGAGCUCGGAACCCCGAACUCUGCUGUCAGGGCCACAGCUCCUCCCUCCUCUGCCCCACUGCCCUGUGACAUGCGGGAAACAGUCCAGGGGACACUGGGUCAUCCCCUAAGGGAAAGGGGCAUGGAGCAGGUGGCUCCUCUGAGCAUCUCUCCCUGCCCGCAACAAUGGAAACUGAUGGCAGAGUCCCUGUUAUGGCAAAGAUUUGGACAGAAAGAUGAAUGGACUGACCAGGCUGACAAGCACCCUUCCCCACCCCCAGGGCCUACUGGGAUCCUGUUCCUCAGUCAUCUUGGUUAUCUAAGUCCAGUGGCCUCAGGGCCCUAGAAUGGCUAACAGUUGCAGCUACCAGGAAAACGGGAUACAAUUUCUUUAUUGGGGGCUGGACUCAAACAGGAAACGGAUCAACAAGUGGUGUCCAGAGUGGCCUGCGGGCCUCCUGGGGAGAGCAGGGCAAC